AUCGUAAGCCCUAAAUCUCCCCUCCACAACAGACUCGCGCCCUUUGCCGUUAACCGAAUCUCAGAAACCUCAACCAUGGCGGCGGCGAACGAGCACACCGUCCUACAAUUCGCGACUCCGUCGUCGACAACCUCCGCGACUACCUCCAUCCUCACGGCGAGGAUCCACCCCCUCGUGAUCUUCAACGUCUGCGAUUGCUUCGUGCGACGUCCCGACUCAGCCGAACGAGUCAUCGGCACUCUCCUCGGAUCCAUCCUACCCGACGGAACCGUCGACAUCCGCAACUCGUACGCCGUCCCUCACAACGAAUCUUCCGAUCAGGUUGCUGUGGAUAUUGAUUACCACCACAACAUGUUAGCGUCGCACCUUAAGGUGAAUCCCAAGGAGAUAAUCGUUGGCUGGUAUUCAACUGGUCUUGGUGUGAAUGGUGGUAGUGCUUUGAUUCAUGACUUCUACGCUAGGGAAGUCACCAACCCUAUUCAUUUGACUGUGGACACUGGUUUUACUAAUGGUGAGGGUGCUAUCAAAGCCUUUGUAUCUUCAAACCUUUCUCUUGGCGAUCGUCAGCUCGCUGCACAGUUUCAGGAGGUUCCUGUUGAUCUCCGUAUGGUCGAGGCUGAGAGGGUCGGAUAUGAUGUUCUCAAGGCAACAGCGGUUGACAAACUCCCAAAUGACAUGGAAGGAAUGGAGCUAACGAUGGAGAGGCUGUUGAGUUUAAUCAACGAUGUCUACAAAUAUGUUGACAGCGUCGUGGAAGGUCAAACACCUCCAGACAACAACAUAGGACGAUUCAUUGCAGAGGCUGUAGCCUCGCUUCCCAAAUUACCCCCACAAGUCUUUGAUAACCUUGUGAAUGAUAGUCUCCAGGACCAAUUGCUUUUGCUGUACCUGUCGAGCAUAACAAGGACACAGUUGAGUCUAGCGGAGAAGCUAAACACAGCUGCUCAAAUGCUGUAAUUGAGCUUUUGAACACACAAGGUUUUGCUGAAAAUGAGGAAUGUUGCUUUUGGUUUCAAUGUUUUUUUUUUGACAAAAAGUUCGUGUAAGAUUCAGUCUCGAGUAUGGAUGGUGUAGCGUCAUAAGACUUUCGGAUUCGAGAUAGUAAAACAAACACGUCGUGUUGAUAUGAA